CGGUACAGGAAGUUUUGCAUUGCCAUCAUCCAAGGAACCUGAACAUUCAUCUUGAGCUUCAGGCUGCACCAAUGGCUUGCACUCUACAUUCCAGCAGCAACAAGAACAGUUUGCAGAUACUUACUGAGAAAGUGAAGGAAAUCAGCAGAAUUCCUGCUUCAUGGGGGGCAUACGCAUGGAGUAUUGGAAAAGAAGAUCAAAGGAGAGGCAUUCAUGCUCUCAAGGUUGGGACGGCUCUCACACUGGUCUCGCUCCUGUAUAUACUAGAACCAUUGUUCAAAGGAGUGGGAAAGAAUGCAAUGUGGGCUGUCAUUACAGUUGUUGUCGUGCUCGAAUUUACUGCAGGUGCAACCAUAUGCAAAGGUCUGAAUAGAGGAUUUGGAACAGUCAUGGCAGCAUCUCUAGCAUUUAUCAUUGAACUUGUAGCAGUAAGAUCUGGAAAAAUUUUCCGUGGUGUUUUCAUCGGCUCUUCAGUCUUCCUAAUAGGAUUUGCUGCAACGUAUUUGAGAUUCUUCCCAUCCAUUAAGAAGAACUAUGAUUACGGGGUGGUGAUUUUUCUGCUAACCUUCAAUCUGAUAACCGUCUCAAGCUUCCGCCAAGAUGAUGUGCUGCCACUAGCACGAGAUCGCUUGAGUACAAUUGCCAUAGGGUGUGCAAUAUGUCUCUUUAUGAGCCUCUUUGUAUUGCCAAACUGGUCAGGAGAGGACCUCCACAGCUGUACUGUGCGCAAAUUUGAAGGAUUAGCAAGAUCAGUUGAAGCUUGUGUUGAUGAGUAUUUCCGAGAUCAAGACAAGGAUGAUAAUAUUCUUGAUAAGCAGGCAUCAAGAGCUUCCAUUCAUACUGGUUAUAGAGCAGUCCUAGACUCAAAAUCAAGUGAUGAGAACCUAGCACACUAUGCAAGUUGGGAGCCAAGACACUCAAUGCAUUGUUACAGUUACCCAUGGCAAAAGUAUGUGAAACUUGGAUCUGUGCUUAGGCAUUUCGCAUAUACUGUUGCUGCACUUCAUGGAUGUCUAGAAUCUGAAAUUCAGACUCCGACGUCUGUCAGAUCACUCUUUCGAAAUCCAUGCACUAGAGUAGCACGAGAAGUGGCCAAGGUUCUACAAGAGCUUGCAGUGAGCAUAAGAAAUCACCAUCGUUGUGCCCCGGAUGUGCUGUCUGAUCAUCUUCAUGAAGCACUACAAGAUCUAAACUCAGCAAUACGGGCACAACCACGCCUCUUUCUUGGUGCAAAACAUGGAUCUACAAAUAGUCGUAUGCUAAUGGAAUUGAAUUCUAGUAAGCAUACCACCUCAAGAACUACUCUGCCUUCAUUCAAGACUGAUACAGCAUCACUAUUAGAAAGGAAAAACAUGAAAGCAGAUCAACCACCAGAACGCAAUGAGAGGGGCACAUUAGGACGGACGCUAAGUAAGAUAGCCAUCACAAGCCUCGAGUUUUCUGAAGCACUUCCAUUCGCUGCUUUUGCUUCAUUACUUGUAGAAAUGGUAGUACGACUGGAGCUAGUUAUUGAGGAAGUGAAGGAUCUGGAAAGGUCCGCAAACUUUAAAGAGUUCAUGGAGUAUGAUCAUCUGACCAUCGAUCUCACUUGCAAGGAGGAGAAGAAAAACAAUAGCAGUGUUCCGUUAGGCAGCCACACAGUUUCUACUGCAGCUGAAUAAGCACUCACUCAUAGAUCAAAGCAGUAGUGUAUUGAUCACUCUGAGAGCAAUAUGUAAUAUUCUUUGGUUAGGGAAAGAUGAACUGUGCGAUCUCAAUAAUUGUUGUUGUUAGAAUGGCAUAUAGGUGUAAUAAAUGUUCUCCACCUACAAAUGAAUUAGUUCCUCCGUCC